ACCCUUCUCCUCCUCUCCCCUCCUAAAUAAGCUACUGUGUCUGGUCCCUUCCUCUGGGACCCGGUGUACGCCCCGGGUGAACUGAGCUGGCUGCGGGGGACCUCGCAGGGUUCUCACACAGUCCUGGCAAAGGGACCUGGAGCACUUCCCAACCCUGCCCGCCGCUUGGGAGCGUCCCCGGAGGAGACCCGCCCGGCAGGCCCAGCCUAGCGGCCGCGGGGCGUUUCUUGGUUGCUCCCAGGCUGCGGCCUGGCCUCUCGGUUCUGGGCCGAGUCGGCGGAGGCCUCGCCCGCGUCCUGGCCGCGCUCUUCCCAGGCGCACCGCCGGAAAGGUUGGGGGGAGGCGGCGACUCCUGCCGAGACUCCUAGCGACUUGCAAAGGAGGCCUGGCCACCUAACCCAAAGGGAAGGAGAGGCCUCUCUUCGGUCAGCCCCGCAGGCUCCAAGGCCCGAGAGCGGCCGGAGGCCAGAGCGGGGACCGGAGGCCGUGGAGGCAGGCGGGCCAUGCUGGCUUUGGAGCAAGUUUUAAUAAAGAAAGCUCUCACUCUCUAAGUGUCCUUAAUUGUUGUUAAUAUAUCGUAAUUCAGUGUAUGGACACGAUUGCUGUGACUCUCCAGGAAUUCGGAAAUCAGAAGUGCCAGCCCCUAGCCCGCUCGCGCUGCAGUCGCGCUGCAGUCGGGAAAACCCUGCCUCGUGGAUGGGUCGGCAUAGACCAAGUCCUCCCGGGAGACUCUGGCGCCCUGUGCACCGCCUACAGGGAAGUGACAACCGACGGACUGUCUCGAGCAACACUGGAGUCCCAGCUUAUCAGGUCGUCCCUCCACCACUCCAUCGACCAUUGUGAUGUCAUGCCUGGGACUUAACUGUUGCGACAGGACGGCUGCGUUCCGAUUCCGACUGGUUGCCCAGGAGUGUGGGUACACAGAGCAGUCCCGAGGGACGUUGAGGGGUCGCGGCGAGCGGACCCGACACGCGCCGCGGCACCAUGAGCCAGCGGCAGGUGCUGCAAGUGUUCGAGCUGUACCAGAACGCCCGGACCCGGUUUGUGCAGAUGGUGGCGGAGCAGGCGACCAAACCCCAGAACAUCGAGACACUGCAGAAUGCGGGUAUAAUGUCUUUGCUGAGGCCUCUUCUUCUGGACGUGGUCCCAACCAUUCAGCAGACUGCUGCCUUGGCUCUGGGGAGGCUGGCCAACUACAACGAUGACUUAGCAGAAGCAGUCGUGAAGGGUGACAUUCUUCCACAGCUUGUGUAUUCAUUGGCAGAGCAGAAUUGUGUCUACAAGAAGGCAGCUGCGUUUGUGCUGCGAGCGGUUGGUAAACACUCUCCUCAGCUGGCGCAGGCCACAGUUGACUGUGGUGCCCUGGACUCACUGGUGAUCUGCUUGGAAGAUUUUGACCCUGGAGUCAAGGAGGCUGCAGCCUGGGCACUUGCAUAUAUUGCAAGGCAUAAUGCAGAACUGUCGCAAGCUGUGGUGGAUGCGGGAGCUGUUCCUCUUUUAGUCCUCUGUAUCCAGGAGCCCGAGACUGCUUUGAAAAGGAUCGCUGCCUCGGCCCUCAGUGAUAUUUCAAAGCACUCCCCAGAGUUAGCACAAACGGUGGUGGAUGUAGGAGCUAUUGCUCACUUAGCCCAGAUGAUCCUCAACCCCGAUGAGAAACUGAAGCAACAGGUCCUCUCAGCUCUGAGUCACAUCGCGAAGCACUCGGUGGACCUGGCAGAGAUGGUUGUGGAGGCAGAGAUUUUCCCAGUUGUUCUCACCUGUCUGAAGGACAAAGAUGACUUCGUGAAGAAGAAUGCUUGUACUCUGAUUAGAGAGAUCGCAAAACAUACACCAGAGCUCUCGCAGCUGAUUGUUAAUGCCGGAGGUGUGGCUGCCGUGAUCGACUGCAUCGGGUCCUGCAAAGGGAACAUACGGCUGCCUGGCAUCAUGAUGCUGGGUUACAUGGCUGCUCAUUCUGAGAACCUGGCCAUGGCGGUGAUCAUCUCCAAGGGUGUACCCCAGUUGUCAGACUGCCUGUCAGAAGAACCGGAAGAUCAUAUUAAGGCUGCGGCUGCCUGGGCUCUAGGGCAGGUUGGGAGGCACACUCCAGAACAUGCUCGGGCUGUCGCCAUCACAAACACGUUGCCCGUGCUGCUGGCUUUGUACAUGUCCCCAGAGAGCUCUGAGGACCUGCAGGUGAAAAGUAAAAAGGCCAUAAAGAAUAUCAUCCAAAAAUGCACCUACCUCCCGGCGCUUGAGCCGUUUCUCUAUGAUGCGCCUCCCAAUAUCCUGAAGUAUGUCGCUGGACAGUUCAGUAAGGUGCUGCCACAUGACAGCAAAGCUCGUCGGCUUUUUGUAACAAGUGGUGGACUUAAAAAGAUCCAAGAGAUCAAAGCAGAACCUGGUUCCAUCCUCCAAGAGUAUAUCAACAACAUCAACAGCUGCUACCCAGAGGAAAUAGUAAGGUACUAUUCUCCUGGAUACUCAGACAUACUUCUGCAGAGGAUCGACAGCUAUCAGCCUCUUAUUAACUGAACGAAGUAUAUUAUAAUACUCAGAUUCACAGGAGAGUAAGGAUAACAAUUGUUAAAGAUCUUUCUAAAAUGUCUGAAACAAGUACACCCUAGCUUUCUUCGAUGUGAAAUGUUUUAAUGUUCUCUAUAUUUAUGUAAUCCUUUAGAAAUUAUUAGCUGCAAUGUAUGAAAAGACUAGUUAUAAUCAUUUGCAUGAAUAAAGAAAAACUUAAAAGUCAA